UAGAGAAUCGUUAGUGACAGCAGGAGGAGGAUGUUGGAGGAAGCGGCAUUUCAACGUGUGUUCGGAACUAGGCGCUAACUUUAGCUGGCCUGGCGGUUCCCGAUGACAAGCCGCGCUCCUGUGAUCUCAGGCGGAGCAAUAGAAGAUUUACAGGAUGUUGGAGUCUUACGUGACUCCAAUCUUGAUGAGCUAUGUGAAUCGUUACAUCAAGAAUCUGAAACCAUCUGAUCUUCAACUGUCAUUAUGGGGAGGUGAUGUGGUGCUGAGUAAACUGGAAUUGAAACUUGAUGUGCUGGAACAGGAGUUGAAAUUACCAUUCACCUUUUUGAGUGGACAAAUUCACGAGUUAAGGAUUCAUGUGCCAUGGACAAAGUUGGGUUCCGAGCCUGUUGUUAUCACCAUAAAUACUAUGGAAUGUAUUCUCAAGCUAAAAGAUGAUGCACAUAAUGAUCACGAGAGCUGUGGCUCCAGUUCAACUACCCGCAGCACUACAGAGAGCAUAAAAUCAUCAGCUAAAACUCGUCGUGUCCAGCAAGUAACCUCAACUGACCCCGACUUGCCUCCAGGUUAUGUGCAGAGUCUGAUUAGACGUGUUGUUAACAAUGUAAACAUUGUAGUAAACAACCUCAUCUUGAAGUACGUGGAGGAUGAUAUUGUUUUAUCGGUCAACAUUACAUCAGCGGAAUGUUACACAGUGGAUGAGUUUUGGGAUCGAGCCUUCAUGGAUAUCUUAGCUCCAGAAUUGGUAUUGAGGAAGGUGAUCAACUUUACCGAUUGUACGGUUUGUCUGGACAAGCGAAAUGCAAGUGGAAAGAUUGAGUUUUACCAGGAUCCUUUGCUCUACAAGUGUUCCUUCUGUACGAGGUUGCACUUUACUUACGACAACCUCAACUCUAAAAUUCCAUCAGUUAUUAAGAUCCACGCUCUUGUUGAAAGUUUGAAGCUCUCGAUCACAGACCAACAACUUCCUAUGCUUAUCCGCAUAAUCCAACUUGGAAUUGCCCUUUACUAUGGUGAAAUUUGCUCUUAUAAAGAUGCUGACGCGGAGGAAACAGGUCCAAAUAUAAAGGAGCCAUCCAUUUCUCAAGUGGGUGGUGAAUCUGAAGCAGGGAUUCAAGGGCAACAUGGAACCCUGUACCAGAAUGCUGAAGUCCAACAGUUUUUGCAGCAUCAAGAUGAUGAUCAAGGAUGGGUGUCUUGGGCAUGGUCCCUUGUUCCUGCACUGGUCAGUUAUUCUGAUGAGGGCGAUGGGAACGAUGAAGUCGAUGAAAGUGGCAUUAAAGUAAAUCAACUGAGAUCAUUGCCUCCCAAGGAUCCAGUGGUCUCUGUUGGAUUCUAUUGCACCAAAGCAACUGUCACUUUUAAGUUGACGGAAAUGCAAACAGAGAGCAGCUAUUACAGCCCUCAGAAAGUUAAAUCCAAAGAAGUGCUUUGCUGGGAGCAAGAAGGAACUACUGUUGAGGUGCUAAUGAUGGGAGAACCUUUCUUUGAUUGCCAAAUGGGUUUUGUGGGCUGCAAGGCUUUUUGCCUUAAGGGAAUAAUGGGUGUGAAGGAUUUCGAAGACACUGCAAACAGAUCUGAAAUUGAAGCCUGUUUCUUCAGUUGUGGUGAAAGUCUGAACAGCAAAGGAUUAACAUACCUCACCAAUUCUCUGUUUGAUUACCGAAGUCCAGAAAAUAAUGGUAUCAGGGACGAGUUUAUUUUGGAUGCUGCCCAACACAAGGAGACAUACACUGAGAUAGCUGGUGUGCAGCGUUUUGGAGCCUUGUACAUGGAUUACCUGUAUACAAUGGAGUGCAGUGCUGGCAAAGGUUCAGCGAAUCAACAGCAAGAUGUCUCCAUAAACAAAAAUGAAGACAUGAGCAAUGUCCAAGAGAUGUCAACCAAGCGUCUUGUUAUAGGUUCAAUGGAGCUUCGUCUGGACAGUAGCUCUGUUCACAGAAUACUGAAGAUGGUGGCAUGUGGUCUGAAUCAUGAGUAUGAGCCAUACAGCAAACCUCGCUCAGAUACGGAGGAUGAGAACAGAACAUUGCCAAGCUCAGAGGAGGUUGCUGCUUUGGAGGAAUAUAUUCCAACCAGAUUAACAUGUAUUACUGUUUUAAAAUGCACAUUUACAAUUACCCUGGCUGAGUUCAAUCUUCUUGACAACUUACUUCCUAUAAUUUUAGGUCAAAAGCAUUCUGUACCUUACAUAAAUGCUCCGCAAUUUCAUCCAUUGCGGCCCCUACCUGCCUUGAGAGUACAGAUGGACAAAGUUAGUUUGGAAUAUUCAGUGCCAAUGUAUGCUGGACAACUUAUACCCACUGUCAGCAGCCUUAAUCAGCCAUCUGAUAAUUUAUUGCACUACUGCUAUGUGCACUGCUAUGUCAAGAUAUUUGGUUUCCAGGCAGGCCUGACCUCCUUGGAUAUUGAAGGAUCAUUCUGUCCUCCUGCCCCGGUCAUUCCUUCUUUCAGCACAGCUUUUUAUGGCAAAUUCCUUCAACUUCCAUCAUAUUGGAUGAAACGACCAUUUGUUACAACAUCUGAAUAUAUUUUUGAGUUACCCAGUCUGACUGUACAAGCUACAAGGGCCCAGACUUUGCUGCUGCAAACAAUUUUACAGAGUUGGACACAUAAUCCUGGAGGAUCAGUGUCAUUACCAGUAGAUGAAGCUUUAAUGAAGGACAUCUUCAGACCUUCAGGUGUGAAAUCCCAGAAUCCAUUGCCAACUCUGGAGGGUUCUAUCCAAAACGUUGAGUUGAAAUUCUGUAGCACAUCAUUGGUAAAAUGUGUUUCGGGGACCAUGGGAUCAAUAAAAACUUGUGCCAAAGCCCCAGGAAGAAGUGAUGGGAUGAAAGAAAAGCUGAUUCCAUUAAUACAAGGACCUUCAGACACAAGAGAUUUGUAUAAGAGCAAAUGGCUGAAUGAAAAUAGGAAACCAGAGUCUCUUUUAGCUCCUGACCUGCUUGCUUUCACCAUCCAGAUUCCUCUGCACAUGGACAGCUAUCACAGCUCUGGGGCUGUUCUUUUGGCCUCAGUCCAAGGAAUUGCAAUCAAUGUGGACCCAAUCUUCUAUGUAUGGCUUCUUCACCAGCCUCAGAAGGGGAAUGUGAAACAUAGACCACAGCAGUCUGCAGGAGCUGUUCAGUUAGUCAUGCCAUCAUCAAGGAAGAAAGAAGAUGAGGUAUCUGUUGGCAGCACACCUUUGCUAAUGCAACAGUCAAAUCAAGCAUCGGAAUAUGCCAGUAGUCCUGUCAAAACCAAAACUGCAACAGAAUCCCGACCACUCUCUGUACCAAUCAAACUAAUGCAAAGCUGUGAAGAAUGGAGCAGUCCAGAAGAACGAAUGAAAGAGUUUAUUGGAUUAGUCUGGGAUGCCGUCAAACGCCUAACAGUUCAGCUGGAGGUACAGUCAUGCUGUGUGUUCCUUCCAAAUGAGAGCCUACCAUCGCCGAGUACAAUUGUGGCUGGUGAUAUACCUGGGACAGUGAGGAAUUGGUACCAUACUGAAGAAAGCAUGCCUGGCAUUUUGGUUAUCUGCUUGCCCCAGAUAAAAGUGAUCAGUGCAGGCCAUAAAUACAUGGAACCUCUACAGGGGAUCCCUUUUGUAAUUUCAAGACCUAUUCUUGAAGAAGGUGAUGCUUUCCCCUGGACAAUCAGUCUCAGCAAGUUCAGUGUGUACACUCUACUUGGCCAGUUGAAGUCUCGUAACCUGGUGGAACCCUUGGGCUGCACUUCGACCCUGGCCGUCACUUCGCACAAGAUGCAAGCCUGCGGCUCUGAGAUGAGACAUUCUUUUGUCGUCUGCCUGCAUGUGGACCUGGAGUCUCUGGAAGUGAAAUGCUCAAACCCACAGGUGCAGUUAUUAUAUGAGCUGGCGCACAGUAUGAAUAAUGCGUGGGAGAAAAUACAGAAAAAAGGCAUUUUGCGGCAGUCUUCUGCACAUCCAGAUUCUUCCUUUGGACAAAUGCCGGGGUCACCUGUUAGGAGCAGUGUCAGUACAGCACCACCAGAUGCCAGCACUUGUAGUCCUUCUGCUGAUAUUGGCACCACUACAGAGGGUGAUUCAGUCCAAAUGGUUGAUGAGAGUCCUUUCUCUGACUCCUCCACCCUGGAGCAGAAAACUAGCAAUAUUGGUGGGACCACUGGAUGUAUCAGUUUAUGGAUGCAAUGGAUGCUACCUAAAGUGACUGUCAAAUUGUUUGCACAUGAAUCUGGCAACAGUGGUACAGAGAUCUGUGUUGUGAGUGAACUCGAAGACUUGAGUGCUUCAGUGGAUAUACAAGAUGUUUACACUAAGCUUAAGUGCAAAGUAGGCAGCUUCAAUAUUGAUCACUACAAAAACAGGCCAGGUGAAGGCUGGCACACAGGACAAUUUGAAGGACUCCUUCUACAAUGCAAAGAAAAACCUGGGCAGAUGGCAGCCAAACUGUUAGAAGGCUCCCACCAGCAGCAUGGAUUUCUUUCCCUUACCUACACCAGGGCAGUGACACGAAAUGUCAGACACAAAUUAACAUCGAGAACAGAACGGGCUUCACGGAGCUUGCACAGACUGGCAGAAGGCUUCAUUGACAGUUCACCCCAGUAUCUCCAUGAGAUCCUCCUAAGUGCUCAGCCUUUCGAUGUUGUGCUCUCCUUCUCAUUGAUUCACAAGGUGGCAAGUAUAUUCCAAGCUAAGUUGCCAAAGAUGCCAAAGGGGAAGAGGAAAUCAACAGGGCAGCCUAUGAGGGCACAUGCCCUGACAUCACGGGAUUUGCCGCUUAUGUACAUCAACACAAGUGUUAUUCGAGUGUUCUUUCCCAAAGGAGAGCACGAGCAGCAUGAAGGAGGAAGUGCACAGACAAAAGAGGAUACUUUGGUUGUUAAAAUUGGUUCAGUAUCCAUGGCUCCGCAGGCUGAUAAUCCCCUUGGAAGAACAGUUCUGAGGAAGGACAUAUACCAGAAAGCUCUGAAUUUGGGAAUACUGCGAGACCCAGGAUCCGAAGUUGAAGACAGGCAAUACCAAGUUGACCUGCAAUCCAUUACCAUUGGAACAGCCCUCUGGGAUCAGCUGAAGCCUGAAAAGGAAGUUAGCAAAGGAGGACUUUGUGCAGAAAAUGAAAGGAAUUAUCAGAAUCCAGCACUGGAAUGGAAUAUGGCCAGUAGUAUUCGUCGUCAUCAAGAGCGAAGGGCAAUCUUAACUCCAAUUUUGACAGACUUCAGUCUGCGAAUAACAGCUGCCCCUGCCAUUCUUUUCAAAAAACUCUCACCUGAGAAUGCACAGACUGAGGAAAUAGUAGUGUGCGGCCAUUCACUGGAAGUCAACGUUACCACAAGUCUGGAUUUCUUCCUCAGUGUAGCUCAAGUACAGCUCUUACAACAACUGAUAGAAGCCAACAUGCUUGGAGUGGUGAUGUCAGACCAAACAUCAGAGACGUCUCAUCAAGAUCAGAAUAAGAUUGCCUCUCCAGAAGGAGCUUCUAUGGAUGCUUCCUCACGACACAGUGGAGCCCGGGACAGUGGCAUUGGAAGUGAUAGUGCACGAAUUCGGAUUGUGCAGAUUGAACAACAGAGUGGAACCAGUCAUCACCGGCUUGCAAGGCCUUCCCGCCAAUCUUCCAUUGUGAAGAACUUAAAUUUUAUCCCUUUUGAUGUAUUUAUUACAGCUGGUGGUAUCUCACUGAUGACCUACUCAUUCACAAUUAAUCCCAAAGCAAUGACCCAACAAGAAAGCCAACAGAAGAAAGACAGUGACAAAGUCAGCAAAAGUACAUUGAACCUGAAAAGCACUGAGACCGAACAGGUGCCAGAGAAUAAAGUGAGCCAGCUAGAAAUUUCAGUAAUGACAGCUGACGACGUCCUGAAUAGUAAUUCACCAUUGUCCACCAGGAAGGUCACCGGUCACUUAUCACUGGAGAGUCUCCACACACCAAGCAGGUCUUCAGCUCGCCAGGCUCUUGGAAUCACAAUAGUCCGUCAACCAGGCCGCAGAGGAGCAAAUGAUCUUCAGCUGGAGCCCUUCCUGUACUUGGUGAUCGCCCAGCCUUCAUUACUAAUGAGUUGCCACCACCGGAAGCAGAAGGUGGAGCUAACGUUUUUUGAUGCCACUUUGAAAGCUGUGCCACCAGACUACAAAUGUAUGGAUCCAGGUAAGACCCUUCCAGAAGCUUUGGACUACAGUGUGUUUUGGUUGCAGACUGUUCCAGGGGAUGCUGAUCUCAAAGCUGGCAUUCCCCCUCCACUCCUGUCUUUGCAAAUUAAAGACUUUCUCAAUGGGCCAGCUGAAGUUCAUUUGGAAUUAUCACGUCCCUGGAAGGUCAACUUGAGUCUUGUCAAAUUGGAUCAAGUAACAAAUUUUGUAAAGAGGAUACUGCCAAGAUAUAAUCAUGAGAUCACCUCCAAAGCUGCAGUCUCCCCCAAAAGAGUUUACAAUAAAGAUGAGAUGUUUACAUCAACAUUUGGAGUGAAGAGUGAACCAGGAUCAUUCACUGAGAGAGCAAUUUGUCAAGGAAACAUUUGGAAAGCCAUGUCAUUUUUUCAGAAGUUUUCCAUCCACACAGUUCAGAUUGUUGCUCUGAUGGAGAUGUUACCUCAUCCCAGCAAGCCUUCUAUUCUGACCUCACUUUCGAGCCUAGAAGGUGUUCUGAACAUAAGAGUAGGCCCCAAGCCCACAGGAAUGAUCUUGGGUGCCACAUUUGCACUUCAACUGAAGGACUUGCUCAUAAAGACAUGCCUCAAAGACAGGAAUAAGGCAUUAAUUGGUCCGUUCUGCUGUUCAAUGCAACUGGAAGCUAAGUGGUGUAGGCACAGUGGCGACCGUGACCCUUCUCACUCCAUUCCAAAAGUGCUGGUUGACGUGAAAGCUGGGCUGAUUCAGAUAUUCUGGGGCCAGGAGCAUUUGAACUGCCUGAAUCUGCUACAUGAACUUCUCCAAGGCUAUCUCAGGCAAGAUGCCAAGUCACAGAUGUCAGACCACACACAGCCACCAUCAUCUAUCAUGGGCAGACACCAGGCUUUCAAUACUGAACAUAGUUCUGAUGAUUUGAGAACUGGGCAGUUUCAAUACAUACAAGAUGCAGAUGCACGAAAGUUGCCAAAUGUUUUUGAAGUUGUGUUUUACAAUGAGACCGAUGAGCAUCCAGCGAUGAUGAUGUGGAGAUAUCCAGAACCCCGAGCCCUGACUCUUGUUCGAAUUAAUCCAGUGCCUUUCAACACUACAGAAGACCCGGACAUCAGCACAGCAGAUCUUGGGGAUGUCCUUCAGGUACCAUGCAGCCUAGAGUACUGGGAUGAACUUCAACAAAUAUUUGUGGAUUAUCGUGAAUUUAGCUUGUCAGAAAGCAAAGCGUGUGAGCUACAGCUGCCUAACGUCACAUUGGCUAGUGAUCAGAAGGAGCUUGUAGCUUCUGACCUGUGGAGAAUAGUUCUUAAUAACAAUCAAGAAAUUGCUGAAGAACAGAGCAGUGAUGGCGAGACCGGCUCUCAGAGUAUCUGUGAUCAGCUUGUGUCUCCAAUGGCCUUGGCAGCCUGCACCAGGGUUGAUUCGUGUUUUGCCCCGUGGUUUGUUUCUUCUCUUGGUAUCUCAUUACGGCUUGUUCAGAUUGAAUUUCAUCUUUGCCAUCAUUUGGAUCAGCUAGGUACAGCUCAACCCAGCUGCCUCCAGACAUUCAUGCCUGAUAGAAAGUUGCCUUCUGAGCAAGAAUACAUGGUGAUUUCUCUGAAAAAUCCAAAUGUCUACUUGCGUCAGUGGUCUGAUGGGCCAGUCUGCCAGGAAUUCCAGUUCUCCACCACUAUCAAGUGUAACUUGCUGGAGUACCGCAACCUCACCAUGCUCAAUAUUUUAAAACCCUUCAUUCUUCAUGGACAAGUGGCCAUCAGCAACAGCUCUGUGGAGCAACUAAUGGAUGGAAACAUGUUUAUUGAUCCUGUGUUUAUCAAUGUGGGACAGCAUGCAAUCCAUUCAUUGGACACAGCAAUCCGUGCUUGGAAGCAGAACCAACAUCCAGAGGCAGAGGAAUUGGUCUUCAGCCACUUUGUGAUAUGUAACGACACCCAGGAGACAUUGCGGUUUGGCCAGGUGGAUACCGAUGAAAAUGUUCUAUUGUCUAGCCAGCAUAGCCAUCAGUACAGUUGGCGUUCCCACAAGUCCCCGCAGCUGUUGCACAUCUGUAUCGAGGGUUGGGGAAAUUGGCGCUGGUCCGAGCCAUUCAGUGUGGACAACAUAGGCACAUUUGUUAGAAGCAUCCAGUACAAGGGAAGAACAGCAUCACUGAUCAUCAAAGUGCAGCCACUUAACAGUGUGCAAAAACAAAUAUUAAUUUGUGGAAGGCAAAUCAUUUGCAGCUACUUGAACCAAGAUAUAGAACUGAAGGUGGUGCAGUGUUGCAGUGGGCAGGAUGGAGAAGAGUCAAUCAAAGAACACCUUAGCACCUUGCCAGCAAAUCAGAAGAUACCAUCUUUUGUUCUUGAGAAUGCAGAGUUCACUCAACUGUACAUCAAGAUUAAAGGGAAUGAUUUAGGCUGGUCAUCAGACAUAUGUCCAGAAUCUCUUCAGUCCGAUGACAGCACUGUCAUUCAGGUUCCAGAUUCAAACAGUUCUAUGUUACAUGUGUGGUGCUGUUAUCUGAGACUGGAUGCAGAAUCUUCUGUGCAGCAGAGAAUGCUGGUCUUCAGCCCUCUGUUUAUCAUGAGAAGCCACCUCCCUGAUCCCAUUAUUCUACAUGUGGAGAGGCGAAGCUUGGGUUUAAAAGACCCCCAACUCAUCAUGGGAAAAGGACAGGAAGAGUCACUUUUAAAUGUGGAACCAGAACUCGUGCACCAUUUGACAUUUCAAGCAAGGGAGGAAGAUGAAGCAUCACAAUGUGCUGUCCCAAUUUCAACAGCCCUCAUUAAACAAAUCACACGUGGACCACAGAGAGAAUGCAGUGCCAGCAAGUUACUUGAAGAGUUCUACAAAGUGGGCACUGAUGCUUGCAUUGCGUGGCCCUACGUAACAAAGGAAACUGACAGCAGAAACAGCAGUGAGGUCCUUGCUCAGUGGGACAGCCCUAUGCAAGUUAAGUUGUCUGCCUGGAAGCCCUGUCUCAAUACGCUUCUGGUUGAACUUCUACCCUGGGCCUUGUUUGUCAACCAGUCGAAAUGGGACCUCUGGCUCUUUGAAGGUGAAAAGAUAGUUGUGCAGGUACCAGCUGGGAAAGUUAUUGUACCACCAAACUUCAAGGAGCCUUUUCAGAUUGGUAUCUACUGGGCCAGUACCAACACUGUACAUAAAUCCACCGCAAUCCGGCUUGUGCACGACAUCACUUCCCCCAAGUGGCAGGAUUAUCCCACCUCUGACAUCAUCACACUGGACGAGGAAGGGUUUGCUGACGUAGAUGUAAAACUAGGUGCUUUCCCAGAUCACCAGAAGUUAUGUCAGUUCUGCAUAUCUUCAGUUGUACGACAUGGCAUACAGAUCCUUGUGAUUGAAGACAAGACAAUCUUAAUUAACACCACUAAUCUCAAAAUCUAUUAUCGUCCUGUACUCAUCUUCCCGGAGCAAGCAACACAGAGAGAGUGUGAUUACAUGCCAGAGAGUGCUAUAUUUAGCCUUCCAGCAGCAAGGUCCCAAUCUCCUGGUGCGCCAACUUCCAUUCCUUGCUGGGACUUCGUUACUGGUGGAAUUUUGUCAGAAUUAAAUGAUCCAUUGCCCCAGAAGCAUCUUUUGCUCAGUUACUCUUUAUGUGAUGGGGCAAGCAGCUGUCAGAACUGGAGCCUGCCACUUGUGAUUAGGCAGGAUUUUCCAAGACAAAGUGUAGCUGUGCCUCUUGGGGAUUCCACUGAAAAUGGAUUUUGUUCCAGAGCUGUAGUGAUGACUUAUCAGGAGUACCUCGGCGUCAACUAUGUAACUGUUAGUGAGGAUCCCAGCCCUCACAUGGUCAUUCACAACAGAUGUCCUGUGGCAAUCAUGAUGAAAGAAAAUAUCAAAGGUGUCCCAAAGUGCACAGUUUACUGUCGGAAAAUCCCCAUUGAAUCUUCAAUUCACCAUGAACUUUACUAUCGUGUAUGGAAUUUUCCUGACUGCAAAACUGAAGACAGCCUGCCUGGAGUCCAUCUCAGCAUGAUGUCAUCGUCAGAUCUCCCAGAGGAGUGGAGUGACAUCAUUGACCUGAAUAGUCCUGGGACUCAAGUAGUGUUUCUUCCUGGUUACGGCUGUGUGUAUGUGGACAUCAUUCAUGACUCCAUCACCAUAACCAUGACAAUGGCACCAGAGGGUAGAGCUGGCCCUGUUAUGACCAGUCUUCAUGGGAUGCUAAAAAAGGCUGUCGCACUGCGAGUGCUUGUUACUCAGGCAAGUCUGACGAUAAAUGAUGAUGUAACGUAUCAGCGUAAAUCAUCAGAACUGCUGAGGCUGACGUUGGACAACAUUUUGUUGAACCUUGCACCACUGGUGAACCGCUCGAGGCCUCUGGCACGGGAAUUUCGACCAGAACCCAGUCAUGGCCUUUCAGAGCUCUACAUGCUGGAAGUGUGCACUGGGGACCUGCAGAUUGACAACCAACUUUAUCACAGGACCAGCUUUCACUUCCCUGCCCUGCUGUGCCAGGAGCUGAAAUCUGAAAACCCACAGUGGAGAACAGGCUUCAAUUCAACACUUUCAGUCAAAGACCUUGAUGAAUACAAGCACAAGUGUUUUAUAAAAGCUUGCAUCCAACUGAGAGAACAGAAUUUUAUAUUCACCAUGAAUGAAAUUAACUUUGAAUUGAAACCUGCCAGACUCUAUGUGGAAGACACAUUUGUUUAUUAUAUAAAAACUCUGUUUAACACGUAUAUCCCCGACACUGGGAUAAAGCAAAAGCAAAGAAGGAUAUCAUCUGUUUCAGCAGCUGACCUCUGUGUGCCUGAGCAAGUAAUAAAUGCAACACAUGCUCUAGUGAAUCCGAUCAAACUUCAACGAUUGACCAUCCAGGCUGUGAGCUUGCUCGUCAGUGUCCAUGCCUCCAUAAAGCUAUACAUUGCCUCGGAUCAUGCUCCUCUUUCCUUCUCACUCUUUGAGAGAGGGCCAAUCUACACCACUCCAAGGCAGCUGAUCCAUGCACUCGCCAUGCACUAUGCUGCAGGAGCACUAUUUCGAGCAGGCUGGGUCGUUGGCUCUCUGGAAAUUCUUGGAAGUCCAGCUAAUUUGGUGCGAAGCAUAGGGAAUGGGAUAGCAGACUUCUUCCGGCUACCGUAUGAGGGAUUGACCCGUGGUCCAGGAGCUUUUGUCAGUGGAGUCUCCAGGGGAACAACUUCAUUUGUAAAACACAUUUCCAAAGGUACUCUGACAUCGAUCACUAAUCUAGCUACAAGUCUGGCCAGGAACAUGGAUCGGUUGUCCCUGGACGAAGAGCACUAUACCCGGCAGGAGGAAUGGCGCAGGCAGCUUCCAGACAGCCUGGGGGAAGGUCUGAAGCAGGGAUUGUCCCGGCUGGGAAUCAGUCUGCUAGGUGCCAUUGCUGGUAUUGUGGAUCAGCCAAUGCAGAAUUUCCAGAAGACGUCGGAGGUUUCAGCUGGCCGCAAAGCCAAGGAUGUAAUCUCGGGAGUGGGCAAGGGGAUUGUGGGAGUUCUCACCAAACCAAUAGGUGGGGCUGCAGAGCUUGUCUCCCAGACCGGCUAUGGUAUUUUACAUGGAGCUGGACUUUGUCAACUUCCCAAGCAGAGGUUUCACCCCACUGAGCAGCAGACUGACCAGGCCCCAAACAGCCACGUCAAAUAUGUCUGGAAAAUGCUCCAGUCUUUGGGCAGACCUGAAGUCUUUAUGGCCCUGGAAGUUGUAAUAGUGAGCAACUCUGGACAGGAAUACCAAGGAUGCCUUCUGCUCACCUCUGAGGUGUUGUUUGUGGUCAGUGUUAGCGAGGAUACACAGCAGCAGGCGUUUCCAGUCACCGAGAUCGAAUGCAGCCUACAUCCAAAGACAGAGAACUUACUCUGCAUUAUGCUCAAACAACAAAGGGUAUCUUAUGACAGUGAGGGGGAUGGUAUCCGAGAGAGGCUUUCUGAACAGCAGUAUGAGCGACUGGUGGACUAUGUCACAAGGACGUCGCAUUUCAUCAUUCCCAGCAGUGCAGCUAUGCAGCAGGCUGCCCAGGUGGUUGUAGUUGAUCCUCCAGCUGUCAGGACCAAAAUUUACCAAUAUCUUGUUGAUCAGCACUAUGGAAGUGUGUUUGUGAGCAAGUUUGCUAUGGUGAAAAACAAGGCACUGCGAAAGGGAUUUCAUUAGCCCCACAGCACUGGCAAAGUCAAAGAUAAUUAUUUUCAAGUAAUGCAAAAUGCUGACCUCUUUCUGAUUUAAUAUUCUUAGCUAGAUUCAGUUAAGUGCAUCACAAUCCAGUCAUAAGAAUCUUUAAUUAAAUGUGUGAUCUGGGUCAAUUUAUUUAUGGAAUUUAGUUAAUUUGCCUAUCUUGAUAAUGAGCAGUUAAUCAAAUAUGUAAAUGCUAUGAUUAAUGGAAAGGGUGUGGCCACUAAUACUAUUGACACCCUGGUACCUUUUGAUACCCUGGAACACUGAAGUAAUUCUACCAGCUGCUGUCACCUAUUAGAUUUUAUUAUUCUCCAAUGCUCAUUUCUGCAAAAAGAAUUGGUAAUAUAACUGAAAAUACUUAAGAUAAAUAAAUUUUAAAAUGAGAA